AAGCCUAGCCCGUGAACGUGUGUGAGAUCAAGAUCAGAGAGAGUGUAGGAGUCUGAGACAGAGAGAGAGAGAGAAAAGAGAGAGAGAAAAGGAGACAGAGAGAAAUAGACAGAGAGAGAAAGAGAGAGAGAGAGAGAAAGAAAGAGAGAGAGAGAGAGAGAGAGUGAGAUAGAUAGUGAGAGAAAGAGAGUGAGUGAGAGACAGAGAAUGAUAGAGAGAGGAGACAGAGUGAGAGAGAGAGCAAAAUAGAGAGACAGAGUGAGAGAGAACGAGAGAGAGAAAAAGAGAGGCAGAAAAGGUGAGAGAGAGAAAGAGAUACAAAGAGAAAGAGACAGAGAGAGAGGAAAAAUGAGAGAGAGGUGCACAUAAAGUGUCUGAGUGGAUAAAGAAAGAGAUGUGUGGUUGAGAGAGAAGGGGAGAACAUUUAGAUCUGGGCUAUGUGUAUAGCAGUAGAUAGUUAGCAUAACAUAUACAUAGCCUACAUAAUCAGUGAGAUAGAGGUUGUCUAAAGAGCAGUUGGAUCGAUCUCUAACUGAGUCCUAAAGUUCGAGCCAUAAACAGCCAUGGAGUUUACCAGACGUUACCUGCCCAUGGAAUGGGAGGAACGGUGGAGGAAAGAGAAGGAAAGGAGGAGAAGGGUGAUUGAGGAAGGAGGAGAAGAGGUAGAAGCGGACGAUCGAAAGCUGAGGUGGAUUGUGGCCUACAACAACAACCGGAUGGGCGUGACGAGGAGAAAGGAGAAAGAGGGAGCAAGGGUCAAGAAGAGGAUCGACAGCACGGCAAACCAGGGAGAAGAGGAAGAAGAAGAGGAAGUGUCAGAGGAGAGGAGGGAAGGACUGGGAGAUGAAGAGAAGGUUUGUACAUUCUACAGACAUACCUAUCCUAAAGAGGUAUUCCAGGGUCUGGAGCAGCUCAGGGACUCCUCUCUCCUCACUGACCUGACUCUGAGCACUGAGGCUGGGCAGCAUCUUUAUGCACACUCCCCUGUCCUGGCUGCUGUGAGCACACUUGUACACCAGAGACUGCAAGAGAGGGAUGAAGAGAUGGAGAAGAGGAGGGGGAGGAGAGAUGUUGACAUGGACAUAAAGACAGAGAUAUUCAUCAGUCUGGGUCCUGAGGUGGGGCUUGUGGGGCUGGCAGGGGUAGUGGAGUUUGCCUACACUGGGGGCUUAGCAGCUCUGAACAGACACACACUGGCCCAGAUACAGACUGCAGCUACAACACUAGGGGCCCCCAGAGUACUAGAACUCUGCAGUGAAGAGGAGGAGAAAAUUAAGAAGGGAGUAGAGAAGAGGGCAGAAGAGAAGAAGAUCUCUACUGAAGAACAGAUGAAGGUCAGUCUUCAGUCCAUCAGAGAGCUGUGGGCAGAGAGAGUGGGCUGUGAUGUGGAGCUGGAUGUUGGAGGAACAUCAUUCCAUGUCCACAGAGUGCUCCUGGCGGCCACUUGUGACUACUUCCGGGGAAUGUUUACCAGCGGGAUGAGGGAAUCACAGCAGCCCUGUGUGGCCCUUCCCUUCCUGGAGGCAUCUGAGCUUGAAGCUCUGAUUGGCUGUUCCUACAGCGGGUCCCUCUCCCUCAGCUGGGGGUGUGUCUUUGAGAUCACCUGCACCGCCCUGCAGCUCCAGUUCCAGCCCGCCCUCUUGCUGUGCCUCGAUUUCCUGGAACGGGAAAUGGAUGCCCACUCAUGUCUGGAUGUGGCCUCCUUUGCCCUGGCUUAUGGGAUGCUGGGACUACUCGAGGAGGCUGAGGACUUUGUUCUGAGGAACUUCCAAGAAGUGUCUACCAGCCUGAAAUUCCUGGACCUUCCGGCUGAUAAACUGCUGGAUUUUCUCCACUCUGACGGCCUCUGCGCGCCCUCAGAGCUGGCCGUGUUCAGGGCUGUGGUGGUCUGGGUAGAGGCCAACCCGGCAGAGAGGCUAGCCCAGGCCCAGGAGCUGAUGACAGGAGUCCGCUUCCAGCUCAUGACCUUUAAGGAGUUCAGAGAGGUCAGGGCAAUCAACCUGCGCAUGGAGUGCAGCAGCGACACAGAGGUGGAUCUGUACGGCUCAGCCCUCAAAGAGUUUGGCUUCAGUCUCCCCGAGACCCUGGACCAGUGUCGGAUCCGACGGCCCAAAGACGCCCUGGUUCUGGUCGGAGGCGACCAGCUGGAUCCUGACUUGGGUAAACGGCUUCCCAGCAGGCAGCUGUGGUUCGCUAACUCCCUCCGCACCGGAACAGGCUUGGUGAAGGCCAUGGACUGGAGGAUUCUGGGAGAGAUACCAGAGAAGCCCAGGUUUAGACACGGGGUGGGGGUGAUGGAGGGGCGACUGUACGUGAUCGGAGGGUGUGAGUUCUACACAAAGACCGAUACGCUGAAAUCGGUAUACAGGUAUGACCCCAUGCAGGACAGCUGGCAGAGGUUGGCUGACAUGCAGGAGUACAGGAGUAACUUCUCGGUGGUGGUGUGGGGUGAUCGUCUCUACGCCAUCGGAGGAGACAUGGACAUGAAUACCAACCUGGACAGUGUGGAGGACUACAGCCCCGUAUCUGACACCUGGAGCUUUGCCAAGCCUCUGGACCAGACCCUGAGUGGCCACGCUGUCACAUUGUUGGAUGGAGAGAUCUUCAUCUCAGGGGGGUUCGACUGCAGGUACCAGUGUCUGACGUCCAUGUUCCUGUACCACCCUGAGAGAGGAACUACCUACCUGGCAGAGAUGAGCCAGGAUCGGGCCCAGCACUGUAUGGAGGUCCUGCAUCAUGGUGGUGAUGGUGGUCUCUGCGUGGUUGGAGGGGUGUGUAACCUACAUACAUUCUACACCGACCAGCUGGCCUGUGAGGUCUACGACCCUGUUAGUGACUCCUGGAGCGCCCUCACGCCCCUGGCCAUCCCCCAUGUUGGAGCAGCCUCUGUGGUUCUGGAGGGGAAGAUCUAUGUGCUGGGAGGAUACUGCCAAGAGGACUACAGGGAGACCAGACUGGUUCACCGAUAUGAACCCAUUACCCAACGUUGGGAGAAUAUAGGCAAGAUGCCCGGACCUAACACUGACAUAAGAGCCUGUUUGCUCCGCCUACCCGUCCACUUGAGACAAUGAGAGAGGGAACGUUCGAGGGUGAUAAAGUUCCACAUUACAUUGAAGUUGUUUUUUAUGAACUGAAAAACACUUAGAAAGAGGCAGGACUACUUUAAUGCCCCACCUGCUUGCCCACUUGAGACAAUAAAACAAUGAGAGGGAGGGUCACAUGGUGAGAAAGAGGGCUGGGGUUGCCAUAUAUAAUAUAAAAUAAAUCUGACUAAAACACAGAGAAAGAGCUAUGCUGGCAUUUGUGAAUCUACAGGUGCGAAAAAAAACAUAUUGUAUGCCAGAAAUCAUAGCCUAAUUCUUUAUGUCACUGAUAUAUUGUUUUCAUUGAAAAACGGCCAAUUCCAUUCGUAUUUGGUAUAACCCUACCUUACCUUGGGUGUUUAAUGACAGCACCUUAAAGUCCUGGUUGCAAAGUGCCGUCAUGAAUUUUUAACAUUCUAUGAUGGAUAUCUACUGUCAUUCAGUCAAUUACAAGAAAUAUUUGGAUUCAAAAAAUGUUCAUACCUGCUCCUACAACCUAAGACAUAAAUUAGUGCCAUUUAAGAUCAUUCAUAGGACUUUUUACACUCCUGCCAUAACACAUACAGUAUAAUACACCCAGAAAUGUCACAUCUCUGUUGGAGCUGCACAGAAGAAUACUAUUACAUAUGCUGUGGUCUUGUGACAAACUGACACCAUUUGGGGGUCAUGUACUGUAUGUCCUAUUUCCUUGUCACUGGGAAUGUUUUUUUCACUGUACUACACUUGCUGAAAUAUUUCAGGGAAAUAUUUAUUAAAGGCUAUCAUCCUUGUUUGGUACAGAUUUGUUUUUUGAGAUAAAACAUUUCCAGCACUGUAUAAGUGACGGUUCGGCAUCAUCAGG